CGUAGCUCGGAGACUACCGCUCAGUCACGCUUGAAUAGGCAUCCAGCAGUGAGCACGUCUAUCACAGUACCUGCUAUAGUAACACAAUGGCCAUGAAACACGGCGCUGCUAUAGCUAUUGUCCGGUCUUAGAGGUCCACUGGUUCGAGUUAGCCUUUUGCAUUCCAAAUAUUAUCACUUCUUUCAGGUACCACGAUCCUACGCCCAAGUCAAACAAAAUUUUCGGCACCAUCACAUCCAACUCCACCCUCAUCGAUGGUCUGGGGCGCUAUCCUGGCGGACCAAAAUCACCUCUUUCUGUCAUCAAUGUCGAACAGGGCAAGCGUUACCGGUUCCGCAUCAUCGGUCUUUCUUGUGAUCCAUCAUAUAACUUCACUAUCGAUGGCCAUACCAUGACGAUUAUUGAAGCAGACGGUAUCGAAACUGUCCCUGAGACUGUGGACUCUCUUCCAGUGCUCGCUGGCCAACGCUACCCCGUUGUCGUCUACGCGAAUCAGCCUGUGGAUAAUUACUGGGUUCGCGCACCAUCCGACUUUGCAAAUCAAACGUUUGCAGGUGGCUUGAGUCAAGCCAUCCUCAGGUACAAUGGCGCGCCCGAUGAAGAUCCUAUGAGCACUCCUGGACCUUACAAACUUCCCAACCUCAACGCAAGCAUUCCAGACAUCUAGUCAAGCACGCCUAGGUUCCUUCAAUAAGACCACACUCACAUGAUUUAUAAAAUCAUCGAGCAUUCAAAUCUCUCAAUUCUCAGAGACCAUUUCUACGCGUUAUACCCCUAUUUUAUUUACCACUUCUAAUUCUCGAAAAAGUAUCGUCAUAUCCAGGCAUCUGUCCUUCACAUGAUAAUGAUGUAUUGUCAUAUGUUCUAUCCAUGUUUUUAUUCCUCUAUUUACAUAAUAACUGCAUCUGUAUAAAAUGCAUUGGUUCAUCUGCU